AAAAUUUCGGGUACAUUACACAGUACAGCACCUAUAAUACAUCGGGAGAUGGCACGCCUGAGAUCAAUCACCAACUCUAACCUGAACCUGCGGAGGAGGGAGGACAAGGCUGAUGCUGAUGCUGAUGCUGAUAAUCUACGAGCACAGGUGACAGGCGACUGCCAGGACAUCCAUCACAUCACCAACAAUCAAUCAAUCAAUCAUCGCCACCAUGCUGCUGCUGCUGCAUGUAAGCGUAUGUUUACCUAGCACGCUGCACUGGGCAAGCAAGCAAGCAGGAGAACGUGUGAAGAACAAAACUG